AUGUCCAGUCCCCUCGCUCUCCCGCCGUCUCGUCGUUCGACGACGAACCCGAUAGCCUCGCGCUACGCCACCGCCCAGCCAUCCAAGAAGAAGAAGAAGAAGAAGAAGGCGAAGACGAAAAAGAAUAACAAGGAGAAGAAGACUCGUCGUAGCUAUGGUCUUACUGCUGCUUCUCCUCCUCCUCCUCCUCCUCCUCCUCCCACAAAACCCAGCAGUGGUGGUAGGACGUGGUAUGCGUUUGCGACGGGCUGGUGGCCGCCGACGACGAAUGGGAGCAGCACCAGCACCAGCAGUGGGAGCGACAGUGAGAAUGGGAGUGGAAGCGGAAGCGGAAGUGGAAGUGGGAGUGGAAACAACGGGGGUACGUCGUCGGGGCCAACAUUCCGGAAUGUGCAGGUUGCUUCAGCGCCGUCGCCGCAGGGCCCGUGGACAUAUCUACCGCAUGCGGACCCGUUGCCGGACCCGGGGAACUGGACGUCAGGGCCGGGGUCGCAGACGUGGGCGCCGUCGGUGAUCAGGAUCGGGGGGAGCAGUGGGAGUGGGAGUGGGAGUGGCAACAGCAGCAACAGUACAAACUCAACUACCUCUUCAUCAUCAUCGUCGACAUCCUCACCCAUCUACAUCAUGUACUACGCCGCCCAGCUCGCACCCGACCGCACAAACACCACCACCAACACCACAUCCCCUUCCACUUCCACUUCCCCCUCGUCAACCGACCCAUCCUCCUCAACCACCGACACCAAUAACACCACCAACCCCGCCCUAUACCACUGCAUCGGCACCGCCACCUCCUCCACCUCCUCCAUCCUCGGCCCUUACACCCCCUCCCCCAACGGCCCGCUCAUCUGCCCCCUCCCAGCCGGCGGCGCCAUCGACCCAGCAGGUUUCACCGACCCCCGCACAGGUCGACAAUACAUACUCUACAAAGUCGACGGUAACGCGCUGGGGAACGGGGGGGAGUGCAAUAAUGGCGUGGAACCGGUUCGGGGGACGCCGAUUGUGUUGCAGGAGGUGGAGGUUGUUUUGGGGUUGGGGGGGGUUAGUAGUAGUACGGGGGGGACUGGAGGGGGUAUAACAGCGGGAGGGGGAAAUAGUAAUAAUGGUGGUGGGGGGUUACUACCGGGGGUGAGGCUGGUGGGAGAUGGGGUCGAGGUGUUGAAUCGGUUGGGAGAGGUGGAUGGGCCUUUGGUGGAGGCUCCCGAGUUGGUGUAUUUCCCGCCGAGGAAGGGGAAUCAAACUGCUAGCAGUAGUAGUAGUACGAGUAGUAGUGGUGGUGAUGCGACGACGGUAACGACGACAGCAACGACGGUAACGACGACAGCAACGACGGCAACGACAACAACAACGUCAACAGCGAGUGGCCAGGGUACCAACGGCGACACCGGCCCCCAAGGCAAAUACAUACUCUUCUACAGCAACCACUGCUGGGACGGCCCCGGGUACAGCGUCAACUACGCCGUGGCCGACGGCAACAACAUCACGGGGCCGUAUGUUCGCGGGGGACCGGCCAACAACGGCUCGCUGAUCCGAACGGGCGACGCGUUCAACGUCACGGCGCCCGGGGGUGCGGCCAGCGUGAAUGGGGCUGACUGGCUGGUGUUUCAUGGCGAUUGUCCGCAGGGCCGGUGUCUGUUUGAGGCGGGCAUGACGUGGACGGGAAGUGAGUUGGUUGUGUAUUAG